UAUACCCGACAAGUAGUGGCUGCAAAAACUUUUUAAAGGAAAGGGUUUGGAGGGAGGAGUUUAGAAAAGUUAAUCAUUCUCCAGGUCUGAAGAAGGUAUCAGCAUUCAGCGAAAGAAACAAACCUUCCUGUUCACUGCAUGUGUUAGACACAGCAGUUUCUUGAGAAGAUGCUGAAGCCCGGCGCAGUGUGUGUUGUAGUGUUUGUAAUCCUGUGUGUUGGGGGAUGGUGUCAGAAGUCGGAGCCCCUAGCUGUCCGUGGAGAGCAGUCCUUAUUCCGGGGGUCUGACCGAUAUGACUUCUCCUAUGUGCUCCCCGCAGCUGCACUGGAGUGUUUCUGGCAUUUUGCACACCAGAGUGGGAAUUUUUACUUCAGUUACGAGGUUCAGUGGGUGACUGGGAUUGGGAAGGACAGGCACAUCACUGCCACUGUGAACUCUCCAGAGGGGCUCCUCAUGGGCACCUCACAGGAUGUACGGGGUCAAAUCAACUUUAGGACCAAAGAGACAGGGUUUUUUCAGAUCUGUCUGAGCAACUUUCAUAACCGUUUCGGGUCCAUGAAAGUGUUCCUAAACUUUGGGGUCUAUUACGAUGGGUUUGAAGAAAUGCAGCAUCAAAAAGAACAGGAAAAAAAACAAAUGAAUGACACAUUGGCUAUGAUUGAGACGAGCGCUGCCAGGGUGCAGAGCUAUGUGUUUCACAUGUGGAGAUACUACAACUUUGCCAGGAUGCGCCAGGGGACUGAUUAUUAUCUGCUGCUAUCUAACUACAACUACGUGACCUGGUGGUCUGCUGCUCAGAGCCUGGUGAUCGUAUUGUCUGGCUUUUUACAGCUUUACUUUCUCAAGCGUCUCUUCUACACAAAAACCACAACAGAUACACAGAAGCCAAGGUGUUAAUGCUGUCAAAUUCCC